AUGGCUGCUCAACAAACUAACAACAAUGCUAACACUGCUUCGUCUGCUAACAAGAAAAAUGCUGGAAAAGAUAACUGGGUCGCAACUGUUCCUGGGGGAUUCGUAGGAUCUAUGUGCGCCAUUGUCUAA